AUGCUUGAUAUAGCCCCGCAAGUACAACUGGUCCGUCGGCUUGUCUGGUGCUUUACUGGGAUAUUCAUGGCUUGGUCCCUGGGUCAUGGGGUUUAUAUCGCAGUGAAUGGCUAUGACAUGGAUAAUGUUGUUGCAUGGUCCCGGGAUGUGCAGCAAUAUUGGCAGUUCUACGGAGGAAUGUGGAUGGACUAUGGUCGUCUACUUGAAUCGACCCCGUAUUGGCUGGGAAUAGUGAUACAGACAAUCCUGCAAUCCCUCAUAACCUUUGCACUGCACUGUGUGGAGCUUUUGUUCAAGAUUUCUCGCGAUGAGGCUUCGUGGCGUUGCCUCCAAUCCACUGGUUCCGAGAUUGAUCCGCCAAUUCUUUCCAGUAUUCAGUGGCAGACCAUAUUGAUGAUGACAUUCAAGGCAGUCGUCCAAUGGGUAUUUGGGUAUGCAUUUACAGCUGAUGAGACAUUCAACGUCGCGCUACUACCUGUGAUCGCACUCAUGACACUUUUUAUUUGCUUGCUGGCUGCCACCGAAUACAUGACAAAAAGGAGGCCCAGGGGUACACUCCCCGCGACAUACGGGAACUUUGACCGAGUUUUAGAGCUUGUGGAUGAAUGGGAUCAUAAAAGGUUAUUUUGGGGCGAAAAGGGAGAAUUGGGUGAUGGAACAAGACUUGCUGGUACAGCUGGACGACGACUGGCAGAUUUGAAGCCAAGAGCAGUCUACGGCUGCCUUGACACUCACAAAGCUAUCACUCCGCCAGAGUCCCCGCUAGACUAA